AGGAUAUUAGGAGCCUUAGGUUUUCCUGCCAACGACACGCGGCUCGAACGCGUCCCCGUCGGGGCCCCUUUUCGUCUCGUCACUCUACUUAUACGUUUACUAGCAAGAACUGUAAAAAUCGACCUCCGUUUGCUUAACUGUCGCAGUUCCGAGCUAACGCGGGUUCUGUGCGGAGGCCCUAAAGCGAUUCAGACUCUAUCCUGGCCAUACACUAUUGCAAGCAGCAGAAGCAGGCGACGGGCGAUUGCUGCGAGAGUUUCCGCUUGGAGGCACGCCACCCAGCUCUGGUCAAGCGGCUCCAGCAGCUGUAGCUGUCCACCUGAUGGAAACGCGCCGUCAGAUUACAUGCACGCGCCCAGCCAGCGAGGGCGCACCGCCCGUGCGAUCUGAGGGUUGCUAGGCAGGGUCGCUUCGCGUGCCCGGUCAGGCAUCCCCGCAGCGCUGGCCAGCCUGGCGCCAGCCAGCCUUCAUUUCGCUAGCUAGCAAGCCCUCGACAACACAACCCCGGUACCACCACACGCCAUCGCAGCUGCUAACAUGCCGCUGACGCGAGUGGCCGCCGACCCCUGGGCAGCAAGCCACUCGGUGCCGCAGUUCUCACCACUGCCGGUGGACACGACAAGCCAGCACGUGCCGCUCACGGCGGAGCGGGCAGAGGCGGUUGUGCGCACGCACAUUGAGCGCUCACGCCCCAGCCUGGACGCCGGCGCGCUGCUGGAUGAAGCCGCGCUGGCGGAGGCGGCCGGGCUGCUGCUCAACCCCACGGCGCCCAACGCGAUGGGCCGGACCUACUCCACACCCGGCCGCCCCAUGGGCGGCCGCGGCGGCGUGUCGGGCGUGGGUCAGGGCCUGGCCGUGCACGUGGGCCCGCAGCUGCAUGACGGAUACGACUCCGGGCCGCCCACACGCAGCCCCAGCAGGCGGCCAGGGCCGCGAAUUGGUGACGAGGAGGAAGACGAGGAGGAGGAGGAGGAGGCGGAAGAGGAUGACGAGUCAGACGGGGAGGGCCGGGCUGCGCCCUCCCCCGCCACGCGCGCUCGCAUGCUCGACCCCGACCUGAUGGCGGCGUGGAUGCGGGGCGCCCAGGCAGACGGGGCGGAGGCCGGAGGCCAGGGCGGCGCAGCCGCCUCCCCCGGCUCUCGCGCGCGCACCGGCCAGUCAGCGCUAGCGCGCAGGAUCAGCUGCCCGGAGGCGCUUCUGGCGGAGGAGGCCGAGGCGGCGGCGGCGGCGGCCGCCGGCGGCGGCGCGCGGCCCGAGGAUGCGUUGGAGCCGCUGGCGAAUCACCACAUGUGGAUGGCCAACCGCGGCCGCGCGCUGGGGGGGUACGACCCGGGCGCCGGGCACACGGGGCUGCUGUACUGCGCCAAGAGCGUGCUGGAGGCGGCGGGCGGCGGCAGGCGGGCGCACCUGGUCGGAGACGGCUGGCAGGCCCGGGACGCGGUGUCCAUCUUCGCCUCAGACAAGAAUCGCAUCGGCGGCGGCUUUCCGGGAGAGAGCCGCGGCGCGCGCCUGGCGCGGCUGGCUGCCGAGGGUGCGGCGCCCGAGGUGCUGCACAGCCUGGCCGCUGUGAUCAUCCAGUCCUACUGUCGGGGCUGGAAGGCGCGGCGGGAGGUGGCCCGCAUAAAGUCGCUUCGGCGCGGCGACGCGGAAGCUGCUGCUGCUCGGGCCAGCGCGCUGGCGGCGGCUGCGGCCCUGGCACGUGAGCAGGAGCGCUGCCGGCGCCAGCUGCGUACGGCGGCCAAGGACUGCCUGCUUGCCGUACAGGCCCAGCAAGACUAUGAGCGCACGCGCGCUCGCCUGGCAGCAGCGCGGGGGCUAGGCGCGGGUGCCGCGGCCGCGCCGCCGCCGCCGCCGCCCAGUAUCCCGCCGGCCCUGUGGAGUCGCUGCCAGGAGUUGGGGCUGGAUCCCAUCCAGAUCCUGCUGGACGGCGGCAUGCUGAGUCGGCAGAUCGAGGACAUCAUCGCUGCCAGCCAGCUGGCGGCGCAGCUGCCGCGCCGCGCUGCGGACGUGGCGGCGCGCAUGCGCGUCAUCCCCGGUGACGGCUCUGCAGCCGGCACUGGAGCCGGCAACGCCAGCGCUGCCGGCGGCGCCGCGCCAGCCGGGCGCUACGGCGGCGGCCGGCAGGCCCGUGACAGCGCCAGCAGUGGCGGCGGCGGAGGGGCAAGGACCAGCGGCGGCGGCGGCGCCUAUCCCAGCGCCACCAGCGACGACGGCGGCGCCAGCCUCAGCAGCGCGGCGCGCGCCAGCAGCGGCGUACUAGGCCCUGACGCAGAGGGCUCCUCCUCAACAAACAUCGGUGCCAGCGGCAGCUUCGCCGGCGCCGGCGGGCUUCCCUCCGGCGGCUCGGGCGUUAUGGCGCCGCGCGCGUCGCUUCAAGGCCAGCGCGGCGGCGGCGGUGCCGCGCCGCUGCGGCCUUCGCUCGCAGGCGCCGGCUCUGGAAAGCAGCUGCUGCCGCUGGUGGCUGGAAGUGGUGCCGGCGGCGGUAGCGGUAUUGGAGGCGGCGCCGCAGGGCGGGCUUACAACACAGCGGAGCUGGUGGAGCAAUUGCUGCAGCAGCAGGCGCUGGGCGCGCUGGCAUUGCCCAACGGGCCGAGUGGCGGCGGACCGCUUGGGCCCGGGCGAAAGAUCUCCAUGGGCCCGUUGGCCGCCGCGGGCUCGGCGGCGGCGGCGGCUGCGGCAGCUGCCGGCGGCAUGGGCGCGGCGGUCAAACGCAACCCCGCGCGCCGAAUGAGCGCAAGUGGCGCCAUGGGGGACGGCGCUGGAGGCAGUGGUGGAGGCGGCGGCGGUGGCGGAAGCGUUAUGGCUAACCGUCGGCCAGCUGGCGGCUUCGCCGCCGGCCCUACCGCGCCGCAUCUUGGCGGCGGCUUCGCUGGCGCUGGUGCCAAUUCCAAUGCUGCGGCCAGCACUGGCGCGCCUUCUUUGGGUCGCCUGUCCGUCCCGGUCAACGCCUCUUCCGCCGUGCCCCAGCCCUUCACUGCGGGCAGUGGCGUCACUGGCACUCGGGCGCAGCUGGCGGGACCGUCGGGACGCCAGCGCCGCAUGUCUGACUUGGUCGCGGGCAGCGGCGCAGCCGCUGGCGCGGGCCUUGCGUCGCAACCGUCCGCGACUGCGCUAUUGCCCGGCCUGCCGCAGGCGCCCUCGGGCCUUGCUCCUGACGCCGCGGCCUCAGGGGCGCAGUACUCGCAGCAUCUGCCCAUGCGCGCGCGCUCCUUCGUCCUAGGGGAGCACAGCUCCGUUUCGGCUUCAGGCGUGCCGCCGCCGCACCCGGGCGCUGGCGGUGGCGCUGGCGGUGGCCUGCCGCUUGCGCCCAUCCGCACCGGCCGCGUGUCGCAGACUGGCGGCGCCAGCGGCUCCCCCGCCAACGGCCCCGGCACCGCGAUCAUGGCAGCGCUCCUGGCCAACAUGGGCGCAGGUACCGGCGGCGCCGCCACCGCAGGCGGCAGCGCCGGCCACCACGGCCCGGCGCACGCGCCGCACCUGCGGCCUGCCAGUGGCGGCCUGCACAGCGGCGCCGGGCCGGGCGGCUUGCCGCUGCCGCCGAGCGCCAUGUUACAGGGCCACGGCCUGGGAACGGGUUUGGGAAGCGCUGCCAACUCGCCGCUUGCGGCGGUGGCGGCUGGUGGCGGCGCCUUCGCGCGCCUGACUGCCCAGUCCAGCGCCAGCAGCUUUGGCGAGAGCAGCCCCGGCCUGCCGCUGCGGCGCCGCCACUCGUACGUGGGUUCGCCGACUCCCAGCAGCGGCGGCGGCGAGGCGAUGCCUCCGGCGCCGGGGCCCAACAGCGGCGGCGGUCUGGGCGGCGUCGACGGCGUGGCGAUGCUGCACAUGCAGGGGCAGGGGCAAGGCGCAGUGCCGCAUGGCGUCAGCGGCAAUGUGGGCAGCGGCGGCAGCAUGAGCGGCCCUGUGGGUGCCGCCGCGGUGGCGGCGGCGCUGGGCAGGGCGGGCGGCGGGAGCGGUAGCGGGAAGGCGUCUCCCGCCACCGGCAGCCCGCGGUCGUUCACGCACGGCUCCAUGGUGCCUCGCCAGGCUUCAGGCAGCUCGCUUGGCCCCUUGAGUGGCCAGCCUGGCGGUUCCGCCACCACGCCCGGCGGUCCCCUGCCGCCGCUGCUCAUGGCCCACGGCUCUCUGGGCGCCCUGCACGGCACCGGCGGCUUUACAGGGAGUGGCGUCAGCAGCGGUGUCAGCAGCGGCACGGCCUCUCCGUCCCUGUCGUCACUCAACACCACUCCCGGCAGUGGCGGCGCCGCCGGGCCGGUCCCGCCAGGCGCCGGCGAGGUGCCUUUUGGGCGCGGGAACAUUCGCCGUGGCAGCAAUCUGGCGCCAACUACUGUGGCCGCGGCGCUGGCGGCGGCGGCGUCGCCACCUCCGGCCCACCCGCCGCCGCACCCGCCCGCUGCACCGGGCGCGUCUGGGUCGCCCAUUACCGCGCGGAGGCUGCACUCGCUGACUUCACAGUCUCAGGCGCCAAUCGGCGUCAGCUCCAGCACCUUGGGUAUUGGUACCACAGGAGCAGCUUGCGGCGGCGGUGGCGUCAGCAUGUCGCCCGUGGGGAUGACGGCGGCAGGCCUGGCGGGCGGCCUUGCAGCGUUCGCACAGUCACCGAUCGCCUCAACCGCGAACUCCUUCAGUGGCCCCAGUGGCUCAUUUGCGGCGGCGGCGCUUGUGCCGGCAGUGGCCGACGGAGCUGGCGGCUCGCCAUCGGUGGGCCGCUACGGCGGCGGCGGCACCGCCGCACCCAAGCCACCACCCGCACAGCGUCCCCCAGGGCCCGCUUUGUGAAGCUUCUAAGCCCCGCAAACUUGGAGGAUAUUGGGUGUUGGGAACUAAGACUGCCCCAAGGUACUUGAAUGGAUCUUAUUCGACGCAAACUGUCUUGCGCAGCACAGCGCAUGUGUGUUGGAGAUGUUCGGUCACGCGUUCUGGGUGGGCGGGUGCCGAGGCCGAGCCUGGGAGUCCCCCAGCGUGCAUUAUUCAAUGUAAAGGGUGUCGACUGUUCAGCAGGUCCUGUAGCGGCAUUACUGGAUUCGCGUUUUACCGGUGUCUUCAUGCUCUUGAUGCACUUAAAUUCAUUUGCUAGAUGCGACUCGAGGGCUAAUGCACGUGUCCUUGCUGUGAAGUGGCGACGUGGGUGCGGGCACCACCUGACCGCGGCUGCGGGGCGCCUUGUCACAUUUACCAUAGCGUUGGUAAUGCACUUGUAACCGCUGUCGCAGUAGGGGGGCUGCAGGUGCAAAGUUGCCGACGAUUAAGACCUCUUGAGGGCUGAGGCCACGACCAUACCCACGACCAUGCCCCUGGCCAAGAUAAAGCCUGGCUUGGGCUCGAGGCGCUGAGAACGUGCCUGCGUUAGACCCUGACUGGCUGUUUGCGUGCCGGCGCCGGGCCUUGCCGUGUCAAUACAGGCGA